UCUACAGUCGUGACUCGUCUCUCUGACCACUAUGAACGACCAGAAGACAGCCACUGCCGACCACGCGUACAGUGCACCCCUGCCUAGAGAUAGCAGGUCACCGUGCCCAGCGCUGAAUUCGCUGGCCAAUCACGGAUAUUUACCCCGAGACGGGUAUAACAUCGGCUGUUGGACACUCGCGUGCUCACUUGUUAAGGUGUACAACCUCUCGUACCCGCUCGCGCUGUUCCUGUCGACGGUGGGAGUCAUCUUCUGCGGUCAUCCAACGAAGCUGCCGUGGACGCUCAGCUUGCACAACCUCUGUUUGCACCACCGGAUCGAACACAACGUCUCAACGGCGCACGCCGACGCCAAGCCUGGCGAGGAGUUCGCACCCUCGCGGCCUGACAAGGUGCUCCUCCGACAUCUGCUCGGCUACACGCAGGCGGACGGCAACCUGACGCUGAACGGUUUUGUGCGCGCGCGCAUCCGCCGGGCGCUGGAGGAGCGGAAACCAUUGGACUGGGUGCACAGGGAGAUCGCCCACGGCGAGUCGGCUCUGACACUACUGGUCCUCGGGCAGGGCAAACCGCAGGUGAAGGACUCGGCGCUCGCCAUCCCGAGAAAGUUUGUGGAGCAGUGGUACGGAGAUGAAAAGUUGCCGGAAGGAUGGAAUCCUCCUGUCAAGCAAGUGGGUUUACUGCGCGCGGUAUGGUUGUCUAAGACCGUCGCGAUCAGGAUUCUCCAGCAGGACUAUAUAGCAAAAAGCGCAUGAAUGAGCUCAUGGAUCGGAAGCUACGACUGAAUUAUCUAGUAUUUAUCACGGCGCUGCCAGCGACGAUCGCGGACUGACAUCAGUGCUAACGAUUAUUUGUAGUCUUUGACGUGACAUUAAUAUUCAUGUUAUUGCGCUAGUUUAGCUUCUUGAAAUGCUACUCCUGUAAU